AUGGGUCAAUACGACGCCCCCUCCGGCCCACCACCCACCUACUCUGCCCCCGCUGCCGGCGGCGGCGAAGCAGCAUCCUACUACGGCAACUCUGGCGCUCCCGCCGCUCCCCAAAACAGCUACUACCCACCUCAACAAGGGUACUCGUCGCCUGCGCCCGACCCAAACAACCGCGGCUUCAUGCCUCCCCAGCAGGGAUACCCGCCUCAGGGCUACCCGCCGCAAGGAUAUCCGCCUCAGGGUGGCCAGCCUAUGUACUAUCAGCAACAAGGUUACCCGCCACCGCAGGGAUAUGUGCAGCAGGGUGGCGGUGGUAGCUCGGCCGGUGGUAUCUGCGCGGGUGUCAUGAGUGCGUUGGCGUGUUGUUGUUGUUUGGACAUUUUGUUCUAG